CCUACGCAAGGAAUGUUCGGCGACGUCAACAGUCUAAUUAUUAAAUAAAGCAAUGCUUCCAGUCAUCUCCCGACGCGCGCUCAGUCUAAUUAUUAAAUAAAACAAUUCUUCCAGUCAUCUCCCGACGCGCGCUUUUUUUCCGGUGAAAGACCACAACAUGGGGAGCGAAACGACGUCGUCGAUUCCGGCUUUCCGAGUCAGGUGGGACGUGUUCCUGAGCUUCAGAGGCGAAGAUACUCGCGACGGCUUCACCGACCACCUCUACUCCGCGCUCGAGAGGAGCGGCGUCCGAGUCUUCCGCGACAACGACGCUCUCAACCGCGGCGACGAAAUCGCUCCGGGCCUUCUCGACGCGAUCGAGGACUCCGCCGCUGCCAUCGCCGUCAUCUCACCGGACUACGCCUCCUCGCGAUGGUGCCUGGAGGAGUUGGCCAAGAUCUGCGACUGCCGGCGGCUGAUUCUCCCCGUCUUCUAUUGCGUCGAUCCUUCCGACGUGCGGCGUCAGAGGGGACCCUUCGAGGAUUCAUUUCGGAGUCUGAGGGAAAGGUUUGGGGAGGAAGUUGUGGCGCGGUGGAGAAAAGCUAUGGAAAAGGCUGGAGGAAUCUCUGGUUGGGUUUUCUGCCGGAACAGUGAAGAACAAGAAUUGAUUCGUUGUCUAGUAAAAAGGGUUUUAACUGAAUUAAGCAAUACACCAUUGGCUGUGGCUACGUAUAUCGUUGGACUUGAUUCUCAUGUAGAAAAAUUGAUGGAUCGAUUAACUGUUAAAUCUGGUGGCAUCCAAGUUUUGGGGCUUCAUGGAAUUGGCGGAGUUGGCAAGACUACCCUUGCUAAGGCUCUUUAUAAUAAGCUUGUCACUCACUUUGAGCACCGCAGUUUCAUUUCAAAUGUUAGAGAAACUUCAGCACAGGAGAACGGUUUAGUGGCUCUUCAAAACAAAGUUAUCAAUGAUCUUUCUAUGGGUAAGAUGUUACCUGUAUACGGAUAUGAUGCUGGUAUAAUUGCAAUCAAACGGACUGUUCACGAGAAGCAAGUUCUUGUUGUUUUAGACAAUGUUGAUGAUGUGAGCCAACUGAAUGCACUAGCUGCCAGCAGAGAAUGGUUUUGUGAAGGAAGCCGAAUCAUCAUUACCACGAGAAAUCAAGAAGUUUUACUUAAGCAUCAAGUGGACAUGCUCUAUGAGGUGAAAGAGUUGGAUUCCUCUGACUCAUUGAAACUUUUUAGUUACCAUGCACUUAGAAGAGAGAAACCUACAGAGGACUUCUACAGUCUGUCCAAGCAAAUUGUCUCUCUUACAGGAGGAUUGCCAUUGGCUCUUGAAGUUUUUGGUUCCUUUUUGUUUGAUAAGAGGAGAGUGGAGGAAUGGAAAGAUGCUCUGCAAAAGUUGCAACAAAUUCGUCCACAUCAUCUUCAAGACCUUCUAAAGAUAAGUUUUGAUGGGCUAGAUGAACAAGAGAAGUGUAUGUUCCUUGACAUUGCGUGUUUAUUUGUUAAAAUGGAGAUGAAGAGAGAUUACGCAAUUGACGUGUGGAAGGGCUGUGGUUUCAGUGCUGAGACGGCUGUCAAUGUCCUUACAGCAAAAUCUCUCAUUAAGAUCACUGAUGACAGUGAGUUUUGGAUGCAUGAUCAAGUUAGAGACAUGGGAAGACAAAUUGUUCAUAAUGAAAACCUUGUAGAUCCUGGUAUGCGCAGUAGACUCUGGAAUCAUGAUGAAAUUUUACGGGUCUUGGAGGCUGAGAGGGGCUCGAAGCAUGUUGAAGGGAUCAUUCUAGACUUUGAAAAUAAGAACUUUGUAAACCAUCUUACUGCUGAAAAAAUUGCUUGGAAUGAAUUUUGGAGAGCACCUAAUUUUGCAUCUGCUGUUAUAUACUUGAGAGAAACUCUGAAGAAAUGUUUUCACCAUGACAUGGAGGAACGGGAAGAGAUGUUUUACACGAAGCCAUUUGAAUCUAUGGUUAAUCUAAGAUUGCUUCAAAUUAAUCAUGUGAAAAUGGAAGGGAGUUUCAAGUAUAUGCCUGCUGGUCUGAAGUGGCUGCAAUGGAAAGGUUGUCCUUUAGAAAUUCUUCCGGAUAACUUUUUUCCUCGAGAACUUGCUGUUCUCGAUCUCUCAGAAAGCAAGAUUAAACAUUUGCGGAACUGGAGAUGGCGGAGUUCGCAUAGGAACCAGGUAGCUAGGAAGUUGAUGGUUUUGAAUCUCCAGAGUUGUCAUAAUUUAAUUUCUAUUCCUGAUUUAUCUGGACAUCAGUCCCUGGAGAAGCUUAUUCUAGCUGGUUGCGUUGCACUGAAUAAUAUUCAUAAAUCAGUUGGGGAUCUGAAUACUUUACUUCACUUGAACCUGAGGGACUGUCCAAACUUGGUUGAAUUCCCAAAUGAUGUCUCUGGGCUGAAACAGCUUGAAACCCUUAUCCUUUCUGGUUGCUCAAAACUGCAAAAAUUACCAGAGAACUUGAGCAGCAUGAAAUCAUUGAGAGAAUUUCUUCUUGAUGGAACUGCUAUAGCAAAGCUACCAGAAUCUAUAUUCCGUCUUACAAAACUUGAAAGACUCAGUCUAGAGGAUUGCCAAUCAUUAAAACAACUGCCCAUUUGCAUAGGAAAGCUGACUUCUCUAAGAGAACUCUCUCUUGAUCACUCUGCAUUGGAAGAAAUACCUGCUUCUAUUGGAUCUUUAAAAAAUCUAGAAAAACUAAAUUUGAGGUGGUGUAGAUCACUCACUGCAAUUCCUGAUUCUGUUGGCAAUCUCAAAUUGAUGACAGAAUUUCUGCUUAAUGGAAGCUCAGUUAAAGAACUGCCUGCUUCGAUUGGUUCGUUAUCCUAUUUGAAAAACUUAUCAGUUGGAGAAUGUUGUUCUCUGGGUACAUUGCCUGUUUCCAUAGAUGGAUUAGCCUCCAUGGUGGAGCUUCAGUUAGAUGGGACUAACAUCACAUAUUUACCAGAUCAAAUUGGCGCCUUAAAAAUGCUUGAGAAGCUGGAGAUGAGGAACUGCAGAUCUCUUAGGUCAUUGCCAGAAUCAAUUGGAAGCAUUUUGACUCUUACCACAUUGAACAUGGUGGGUGCAGCAAUAUCUGAGCUGCCAGAGUCCAUUGGGAUGCUGGAAAAUCUCAUCUUCUUAAGAUUGAACAAAUGCAGAAAGCUUUGCAGGCUGCCAGCUUCAAUGGGAAAAUUAAGGUCCCUGUGCCACCUUUUAAUGGAGGAUACUGCUGUGAGAGAAUUGCCUGAAAAUUUUGGGACACUCUCAGGCUUAAUGAUAUUGCACAUGGCAAAGAGGCCUCAUCUGGAGCUGCCUCAAAACAUUGGACAAGCAGAGGUCAAAAUUCUCAGUGGGCAGGAAACACCAGAGCUUCUUGCACUUCCAACAGCUUUCACAAAUCUCACCUCAUUAAUAGAAUUAGAUGCUCGUGGCUGGAAAAUAUCUGGAAAAAUUCCUGAUGAUUUUGAGAAGUUGUCAUCUUUAGAGAUUUUGAAUCUUGGACACAAUAAUUUUUUCAGCCUUCCGUCUAGUUUGCGGGGCCUUACCAUUCUUAAAAAGCUUUUGUUGCCCCAUUGUAAUAAACUGAAAUCUCUCCCUCCCCUACCCUCAAGUUUGCAGGAGCUAAAUCUUGCACAUUGUACUGCUUUAGAAAGUAUUUUUGAUCUGUCAAACCUGAAGAAUUUAUGGGAUUUGCACCUUGCAAACUGUGAGAAUUUAGAGGAUAUUCCAGGACUUGAAAGCUUGAAGUCCUUGAGAAGGUUAAACAUGAGUAGUUGCAGUGCUUGCUCUACUGCCGUUAAGAGAAGACUUUCUAAGGAUGCUUUGAAAAGAUUUUUCUGUCUCAGUAUUCCUGGAAGUGAAAUCCCAGAUUGGUUUUCAGAAGGAGCAGUCCUUUUCUCACACCACAGAAACCUUGCCAUUAGAAGUGUGAUUAUAGGUGUAGUUGUCUCUCUGAACGAGCAAACAUCAGAUGAUUCAAGAUUUCAACUCCCUAUAGUAGCUGGCAUUGAAGCACAAAUCCUCAGACUGAACAAAAUAAUAUGCACUGUCACACUGAACCUGAUGGGAGUUCCCAAGAUGAAUGAGGAUCAAUUUUACAUGUGUCGGUAUUUGGAUCAUCAGCCACUUGUUUUUAACUUGUUAGAUGGUGAUGAGAUACGUGUGGUGGCACGAAACCCUCCCAUCAUUAAAGGGGUUGAGGUGAAGAAGUGUGGGAUUUGCCUGGUUUAUGAAAAUGAUGACGAUUAUGAUCAAGAUGAAGAUUUAUUGGAUGAUAGCCAACAAACUGUGUCGGGGAAACUAGAAAAUUUUUUCCACCCUUCUGAAGGAGUUAAUGUUGCCUCUACCUCUGCUUGUAAAGUUUGAAGAAACAUGCAUUAGAUGGAAGUGAAAGAAGGAAUAUUAUGAGGUUCCCUUUUUUGUGCCCUCCUGUCAUUUGGGGUUUGCCCAUUGAGGUUCAAAGCUUAACUCACCAUCUCUAUCCAACCAGUAAAAAAUAGCACGGGGUUCAACUCAGUGAUCUAAUGCCAUAAUGUGAUAUUGGCAAUCCAGUUCAACCAGCCAUGGUAAAGGCCACAAUCAUAAUAUUAUUGUGGGAAAAGAAAAGACGAUGUUACUGCUUAACAUGCACUCUGCUGAUCAGAGGAUAGAAAGCUUUGCAAUUCCGAUCUUCACCUGAAAGGCAAGAGCAGGGCAGGGAGAAGAAGAGAGAAUGGAAAUGUUGUUGCGUGUUUCAAGCUAGGCUAAUCAACCAAGCAGCAAGUCCUUGAAGCUUCCAUUGACUGUUAAUCAAUGGUUUGUUGAACUAGUGUAGCGAGAACCAUACAAAAUCUUGCCGUCGUCUCCGAAAGAAACAAUUGGUAUGGGUGCUCAUGCUGCAAUGGACAAAAUGGAUGCCUGCGAGCAGCUUGGUGUGGAGGUUGGAGGGUAAAUAUUGGGAUAUAAGUAUCAGAGAAAUGUUCUGCUUCCUCAUGACUCAUUUUCUUUUGCAAUUAUCCCACCAUUUCUCAUUUUCUCCCCAAGGAGACGCUCUAUGUGUAGUUGCAUACAUUAUACGAAUUGGUUCCAGAGGAAACAUUUUCGUUUAGCCCAUCUUGUUAGUGUUUUUUUUUUUUUCCUCUAAUGUAAUUAGCCUGCUCUAUUUAUUAACAAAUGUCAAAGAAUAAAUUCAAUGCACAAUGAAUAAAUAUAUUUCUAAAUGUCA